AUGCUGCAGUGAUCGUGAGUCUCCUCUUUCAGUCCAUCAUCGCUGCUCGUUGCCCUCAGCUUCCGCGCAUGAGCCGAUAGCUGCUCGAACAGUCAAAUGGACUGCCCUACUCUCUAGCAAGAGCCUUCGCUGGGCCUCUUCCAAGAAUGGUCGCUGAGCCAGAGGCGGGCGUCUCGGGGUCCACCCCAACUCCGGCUCCGACCACUGCAGCAGCCGCAGGCAGAGCUCCCGUUGCGACGUCUGCCAUCAAGCAAGAACGCGACAGAAGGCGACAUCAGCUGCGUGCGGUGAAUGCUUCGCUAUGGGGAGCGCCAGGCCGUCAAGAGGCUCCAAACCUGGACUCCAACUUGAAGAAGAACACCGCCUUCAUCAAGCGACUCAGAGCUCCUGGACUGGUAGCUGAUGCGAAGGAUGGACUGCUUAAAGACCUCACCAGCCUCAAGGUGGAGAAGUACGUCGAAGAGAUCGUGCAGGCUAUUCCAGAGGGGCUGAGUAGAAGCAGCAAGGAGAAGGAUGUGGCUGCGGCUAGCGAGAUCGUGUCAGCUCUUCACACUCGCUUCGCCCCAGAUGCUUUCGCGCUGCCCCUAUCAGCAUUACUUGCUUCACAGCUUGCUCUCCCGAACAAGACGGCUUUAGCCGCUCAGCUACCCGAUGCGCGAGAGCGCGAGGAGAGCUCUCGUCUUGCGCGUCAAAAGGUCCUUCUGCGCGCCGCCGCCGAGCUGUCGCUGGUGCAAGUCUUGCGAGGUAGCUCGAGCACGGAUGCAAGCGACGCUGGGAUGGCUUGGCUGUUUGGUAUUGUCAAAGAGCUACUCUCCACAGACAGAGAGCAUGCCAAUGUGCCGCUCGCCAUCUCGCUCCUGAAGGGAAUAGGAUCGACCUUGGUUGGAAUGGCCGCAUCGAGCAGCUCUGGCACAGUCCCAGGUACAGCAGAGCCUUUCGCAGCAUCAGGCGGUACAGACGCGGAAUCGAGCGCAGAGACGGAGACGCAGCUGCUAAGCUCGGAGUGGCGAGAGCGCUUCCGCAAGUUGUUCGAAACCUAUUUUGCCACGCUUGUCAAGCACAUAGCCAAGGAUCACGGCCGCUUGCAAGAGCAAGACAAACGCAAUCAUGAGGCGUACAUUCGGUCCGGAGAGAUCUUCGAGGAUCGGCAACAGAGCUACGAGCGCAUGACCAAGUCAUUCGAGAAGCUCUAUGAGCUGGGCAAGAGUCUGUCUGACUUGCUGGAUGUUCCAAUUCCUGCAUUAUCAGACUCUUCCACUGGUACAGGCAUCGGGUUAGCCAUCAACAUCGAUGCUCGCACAGCGCUCGGAGAUCAAAGCGAGGACACAGAUGCCACUGGAAAGAGCCCGUGGGAAGACGAAGACUCUCGUCGUUUCUACGAAGAAACGAUUGAUCUACUCGAGAUGGUGCCCGUGAGCUUGUUAGGAAAGCCUGCUGGUAGGACUUCGCAGUGGACCGACGCCACAGAAGACAAGGCUGAGGGUCAGGGUCACGACAAGGCCGUCGCAGAAAUCAAAGAAGACAAGGCAGCUGGCGCGGGCGAAGACCCUGCUAUGUCCAAGCAGCGCAGCCCGGCAACCAGCCCAGUUGUAGAAGCGUCAGAUGCAGCGGCCUCGCCUGUGCUCAGCUCAUCAGCUCUAUCGGAUGCAAUAGCCCCCAUCGAAACUGAUAAUGCGGACCGGCCAAUCAAUUCCAAGGAUCAACAAGCGCCCGAAGAAGCACUCUCCUCUGGACCUGCUGCCCAGCUCGCGGCCAUCUUGGCCAGGUUGCCAGAGAUGACUAAUAGAACGAUGAUCGAUUCGGCCGCGGUCGAGUUUGCAUUCGUCAAUUCGAAGGGAGCCAGGAAGCGACUUAUCAAGCAGCUCUGCACCAUACCGAAGAAUCGACACGACCUCAUUCCUUACUACUCCAGGCUCAUCGCUACACUCAAUCCAUAUAUGUCGGAUGUAGCAGAGGGUGUUCUUGCGGUGCUCAAUGAUGAAUUUAGAUACUGCCAGAAGAAACGCAGCGUCGAUCUGCGAGACUUGCGAGCCAAGAACAUGACCUACAUUGGGGAACUCACCAAGUUCAAGAUCGCACCCAUCCACACUAUCUUUUAUUGCCUCCGAGUCUGUCUUGAGGACUUUUCGGGGUACAACAUUCAAAACAUCGCCACCUUUCUGGAGACUUGCGGCCGCUUUCUACUGCGCACACCUCAGACUUCACAAAGAAUGCAAGGCAUGAUGGAGCUUUUGCGGCGCAAGCGUGCUGCCACAAAUCUCAACCACCAGCAGGUCAUGCUCCUGGAUAACGCAUACUUUCAAAGCAACCCACCAGACAGGAGUGCUGUCGUGCAAAAGGAGCGCGCGCCCAUGGAGCUCUUCGUACGACACCUCAUAUACGACGUGCUCACCAAAAAGACCCUAGACAAGGUAUUGAAGCUUCUGCGAAAGCUGCACUGGGAGAAUGCGCAAGUCGUUCAGUGGAUCCACGAGUGCUUCACUCGCGCUUGGCGCAUCAAGUAUUCGAACCUCCACCUGCUAGCCAUACUGGUGCACGAUCUUCAGCCCUACCAUCCCGACUUUGCCGUUCAUGUCGUGGACACGGUCUGUGAGCAGCUUCGUGCAGGAAUGGAGACGAACAUCUUCAAGCUCAAUCAGCGCCGAGUCACCACCAUCGCCUAUCUGGGAGAGAUGUACAACUAUCGACUCGUCAGCUCCGACCUCAUUUUCGACCACCUUUGGUCCAUGACAACUUUUGGACAUCCCGGCGGACAUGCGCUCCCAGGACAGGUGUGCCGCAUCGAUGCCCCCGACGACUACUUCCGCAUCCGCCUGAUAUGCGCACUUCUUGAUACAUGCGGUCACUGCUUCGAUCGAGGCAGCCUCAAACGACGAUUGGACGAUUUCCUGGUAUAUUUCAACAUAUACGUUCUCAGCAAAGAGAGACCUCUACCGAUGGACAUCGACUUCAUGCUUCAGGACACUCUGGAAGUUCUUCGACCAACAUUUGCGCUCAAGACAUCGUACGAGGAAGCUGUGCAGGCCGCCGAUCAAAUGUUUGCCGCACAGCAGCGCAAUGCGCCAGCUCAAGCUCCGGAUCAAAGUGUGGUAGAUGCGACAACGCCGCAAGCUGGCGAAGCUGCCUUGCAGGCAGAAGCCGAAGAGAUCGAAAGCUCAGAUGAUGAGGUCGACACCGCAAGUCCUCACUCUACCGCUGCUCGGCUCCACGACGAAUCCGGGUCCGAGCAUUCUUUAGCACAUGCUGAUGCAGACGAAACAAUCGACGCGAUCAAAGAUGGUGCAACUGGUGAGGAAGAAGAUGACGUUGGUCGAGGAGACUCUACCGAGGCGACGGCGGAGCAAGAGGCCGAAGAAGAGUUGGAAAGAGAGCUUGCAAAGAUGAUGGCGGAAGGCCCAGGUCUGUCAGCUACAGGCGCUCCGCGAUCUGCACAACGAAACAUGCUAGACGAUUCCCUUCCCUUCCUCCGUCGUCCUCAGCAGCAUACUGGCGGCUCGGGCAAGUCUGAGCAAGAGCAAGUGUCCGGUGGAGGCUUAGAUGCAACGAACGGUACCCUCAUGCGAUUCUCACUCUUGUCUCGAAAGGGCAACAAGCAGCAGACUCGCAACCUCGACGUGCCUGCAGACUCUGCAAUCGCCAUCGCGACCCGAGCCAAGCAGCUUCAGGAGCAAGCAGAGAGGCAGCACCUCAAGCAUCUGGUCUUGCGUUACGAAGUAAUGCAGGAUGCAGCGGAGAGAAAGGCUCUUGCCGAUGAGAUGGGCAAUCGUGGCAUCAAGCUGACCUACGUGGACAAGGGAUGACGCAGAUUCAAGUCAGCUUUUCAUCUUCUACCUUACUUCUCUUGGCCUGCCGAGAGCCGGACCGACUUGGUUCCCGUCGUGCUUGGCGCCUUCACACUUGGGUUGCAGCCCCUAAUUGGUGGCACAGCGGGGCCGUCCCUGUAGUAGCCUCAUGCCUAUGCUGAGCAGUUUGCGACUGCUGCGCUUCAUUCGACAGAGCUACGGCCCACCUCGCCACCUCACGCGCCCUGAUGCUCAGCGGUCAAAGCAAGCAGUCAUCAUGUACCUCAGCAACACUCACACGGGCGGCAACAGCUCAUAGCUAGCACUACAAAACCCAAUUUCAAUUUGUGACAUUAAGAAGCAACGGACGCCAGAGUGCGGACGGCG